AUGGGCCUUUCGUCUCUCAAAAUAAUGCAUCUUAUCGCCUUUCUUGUUGUCGUAGGGAUGUGGUCUUCAGGAGUUACGUGCCGAAUGUUAAGUGAUGUAUCCAUCUCUGAGAGACAUGAGCUGUGGAUGGUACGCUAUGGACGUGUGUACCAGGAUGACGCAGAGAAGAAAAUGCGCUUCAACAUAUUCAAGGACAACGUGGAAUUCAUUGAAUCCUUCAACAGUGCUGAAAACCAGCCUUACAAAGUAGCGAUUAACAAAUUUGCAGACCAAACAAAUGAAGAGUUCAAAGCCGCUCGUAAUGGAUAUAAGUUUUCAUCAAACAAAAGAUCAGCAAGAACAACACCUUUUAGGUAUGAAAACGUGACUGCCGUGCCACCUAGCAUGGAUUGGAGAAAGAAAGGAGCUGUUACCCCAGUUAAAGAUCAAGGCCAAUGUGGAAGCUGUUGGGCAUUUUCAACUAUCGCUGCAACGGAAGGAAUUACUCAGCUCACAACCGGAAAACUAAUUUCACUGUCUGAGCAAGAGCUAGUGGACUGUGACAGGAGUGGUGUAGAUCAAGGAUGCAAUGGUGGGGAGAUGGAAGAUGGCUUUGAGUUUAUCGUUAAAAACAAAGGCAUCAACACCGAGGUGGCUUACCCAUAUCAGGCAGCAGAUGGAACCUGCAACACCAAGGAAGAAGCUGUCCAUGCUGCCACCAUUACUGGGUAUGAAAAAGUGCCAGCCAACAGUGAAUCUGCAUUGUUACAAGCAGUCGCUAAUCAACCCAUAUCAGUUGCCAUUGAUGCCAGUGGCAUGGGUUUCCAGUUCUAUUCCGGUGGCGUGUUUACUGGGGAUUGUGGAACUGAUCUUGACCACGGUGUUACAGCAGUUGGAUAUGGAGUAACGGAUGAUGGAAUGAAGUACUGCCCUAUCCCAACAACUAGUCUCGCCAUACCUCUUGCGAACUUUGACCAGGACCUCAAUUCCGUCGGCAAAAGUGUGGCGGGAACGACAAAAUAUUGGCGGUAUGCUAAAAUUCUAUACCCGCGACAUGAUGUCGGUAUAGAGGCUUUCACCAGUGGUGAAGCACCCCUGUCCGUCUUCCACCGCCUGAAGCUUCCCUAUCAUGAGUUGUUCACCGACGCCCAUCAUUCCAGUGAAUUAAAAUUAGAAUUGCCUGAAAGUGAUAUCAAAAAGGAAUUUCCUUCAUGGUUCAAAGAAAAGAUUUAUUGUCUCCAAAAAGAUAUGCCUUCGGAUUGUACUGGCGAAUUAAAGGAGUUAGCAUAUGUUCUGUUGCGUGCAUAUUCUUACACUGCGUGCAUUGUAAAUGGUGUCCGAUUUGUCGUGAAUAAUCACGAUCUCCAACGCACUACUCAAAAUAGUGGUGUUGUUACAUUCGGAGAAGACGGGUAA